AUCGAUUGAUUGAUUGAUAGACACGAUAGCUGCUCUCUCUUGCGUCCGAUCCGAGUCGCGCGCCUCUACUGGCGGGCAUUGGGCAACACGACGCGUGCAGUUCUUGCGACGUGCCACCGCCCCUUGCGCCAGGCGCGGGGACGAUUCGCCCAGCGCCCAAGGCUGCCCGGCACCAGCGCACCACCGCCUGCGCCCUAUUCGCCCGCCUGCCCGCCCGCCUGCACAUGCCAGCGGCCUCGAAUCAACACACGCGCCCACACGUCGCAACCACAACAACCACCGCCAUGGAGGCCCCGCCCGACCAGCAGCCCGCGGCCGCGCCCGCGGCCGCGUCCGACGCCCCCGACGCGCUCAAGCACAGCGAGCAGACGGCCGACGUCGACGGCAGCCACCCGGGCCACGCCAGCGACGGCGGCGCCGUCGCCGCCAACCCCGUCUCGCCGCCGCCGCAGUUCCACCCCAGCAACCAGAGCAGCAACGGCUACACGCCCGAACCCGCCCGCCCCUCGACGUCGUACUCGGACACGGCCUACCAGUAUCCGCACAAUGGGUCGCGGUUCAACUCGUCCGACGCCGACACGCCGCCCCGGCCGGCCUACUACGACAACGCCAAGGAGACGCACAUGGGCCAGUCGCACUCGCGCCCCACGUCGCAGAUGGGGCGCUACUCGACGUCGGACGCCGGCGGCCGGUCCAACUCGUACCAGGAGCAGAACUCGCGCACGGCGCAGCCCGAGCCCGCCAAGAACUCGAGCGUGGUCAUCAAGGUGGGCAUGGUCGGCGACGCCCAGAUUGGCAAGACCAGCCUGAUGGUCAAGUACGUCGAGGGCAGCUGGGACGAGGACUACAUCCAGACACUAGGUGUCAACUUCAUGGAGAAGACCAUCUCGAUCCGCAACACGGAAAUCACCUUUUCCAUCUGGGACCUGGGCGGCCAGCGCGAGUUUGUCAACAUGCUGCCGCUCGUUUGCAACGACGCCGUCGCGAUCCUCUUCAUGUUCGACCUGACCCGCAAGAGCACACUCAACUCCAUUAAGGAAUGGUACAGGCAAGGCCGAGGCUUCAACAAGACGGCCAUCCCCUUCCUGGUCGGCACCAAGUACGACCACUUUGUCAACUUCCCGCGCGAGGAGCAGGAGGAGAUUUCAAACCAGGCCAAGCGUUUCGCGCGAGCCAUGAAGGCCAGUCUCAUCUUCAGCAGCACAAGCCACAGCAUCAACGUGCAAAAGAUCUUCAAGAUUGUCCUCUCCAAGGCCUUUGACCUCAAGUGCACCAUCCCCGAGAUUGAGAACAUUGGCGAGCCUCUGCUCCUCUACCAGGCCGUCUAGUCGCCGGAACGUGUGCAUCGCCGGCACCGAGAGCGCGACCAAAGCUAGAGACGGACUGCUCGUCGGCGGAACCAGGGGCACGGCGACCCCCGAGGCGCGCCAACGACAAAGGCCACUUCCGCCACGAGCACCGCCUACCUUUUCCACGAGCGACUGAUUUUGUUGAUUUUCUUGCGUGGGACUGCAUAAACCGGCGACUGGAGCAACGUGCUGAUUGCAAUGCUGGGAUACAAAACGGCGUUCUACGGCCUGGGGUGAAGGUUCGAUUCCGAGGGAGGGGUCUGGCACCAACCAUGAAGAAUCAGGAGCGCGGACUCCUUGUACCGCACCGCCCAGCGCGGCUGCUUUUGUGCUGGCGCUUGGGAUCUAGCAUUGGUAACAACAUACUGUAGUGUCUUAUUAUCCUAUCGAAUCCUGCAGAUCCG